UAUUCACAUUUGACAUUUAUUUUGCUUUGAAUUAAGAAUAAGGUUAUAAUAUAAAUAUUACAAAGUGAAAAACAUUUAUUAAUAAUAAAAACUAAAUUAUUUAACCAUGGAUGUUGUAAAAUUUGUCGGGAAGUACCUUAAUAUACCUGUUGGACCAUUGUGCUACAAUACUGACAAAGUAUUAACUACUGUGCUAGAUAAAGAAAAUGUCGAAGGUUUUGCUAGUAUCAUAUUGACGUUAGCAGUAAAGAGUGGUAUCCCUAUGAGCCUAGAGCAAAAACUCUUAAGUUAUCAGUGGCUUGAACAUUUAGCUGUGUACAUUAAUCAAGCUGUUACAAAUCCUGCUUUUGCUAAAAACUUUUUACAGGGUAUUAAUAAUACACUUAAGGAUAAUACAUAUUUAACUGGAAACUUCCUGACCAUAACAGAUAUUGCAGCAUACCAUGCACUUUAUCCAUUGAUUGAACGUCUCACAAUCUCAGAGCAAGAAUCAUUGAUGUAUGUUUGUAGAUGGUCGAAACAUAUUCAAUCUAAACCCAGAGUUGGAGGCAGUAGAACCCCAAUACAAUUUAACACUUUGUUACUCUCAGUACUGGCCCCUGCGGCGCACUAAAAAUGAAUUUAAUUUAAUAUUAAUUUUAUUAUUACAUUUCGUAAUUAUAUUUUUUAUUACAUUUGUAAUUACAGAACAGAAAACCAUUGUAUUGUAAUAAGAAUUAAAAUUGUUAAAUACUUAAAAUGUUUUAUUAUAAUCAUCAUAUAAUUUUACAGUUUUGUUUAAUAACAUGUGUUACUAUGGGAGUGAGUAUUAAAGUCUUAAGGCUACUAAAUCCGUACCACUAUGGAAUAAGGAACCUUUACCGAAACAGACAUAUCCACAUGAGUUGAAAAAUGUUAACUUGGAUAAGCCAGUGGUAUACUUUCCUCAACCGUUCUCAUUUCCAGGAUAUCCUGUCAUUUUGUAUUUAAAAAAAUAAUAUAAUUACAUGUGUAAAAAUUGUAUGAGUAUAUAAAUAUGUGUAGGUGCGAUUUCAUGCAGAAAUAUAUAUUGAAAGAAUGUAAUAUUGA